UCCUAUCUCUAUAUUACAAUUUUGACUUUUGAAAUCAAGAAAGUUGUUAAAAUGCAAGCUAUCAAAGAAAAGAUCAGCGAUAUCCGAGGGUUGCGUAAGUCAAAGUCCGACACCAGAGAAGAACAACAUCAGGCUGAGUUAGAAAGAGCACAAAGUGAUCAAUUAGCUCAGGAGGCAAGGCUAAUACGACAAGCUGAAGCUGCAAUGGGCCUACAAACCGAGGAAUUUAUCUACCAUGGACCCAAACUCACAGGUGACCACUUGAACAAAACGGGCUAUGGCAAUGGCUUAAACAAUCGACAUGUUGCCGAUCACUCGAAUGCACGUGAGCAUAGUGGCUAUGAUGGUGCAUACGCCACAUCCCCGAACCAUGAUAGCCGAAAGAUGGCCAUACAUCACAAGUGUUUGUAGAUUAAAGUCAUUUUUGUUUUUAUACUAGCUAGGGUU